CUGUGCGGUUCCCCUCACAAAAGAGGAGUCGAAACUUUUGCUUUGCAGUUGAUUAUAUUACGGCAAAGUGCAAAGGUAGCAAAAGCAGCGUGCACAAUGAGCUUCCUGGAGUUCCUGCUGAUCCUGCUGGUGGCGUACUAUGUGAUCUAUGUGCUGCUGUGGAUCGUGCUCGACUGCAAUGUGGCCCUGUGGAUCAAGUCAAAGUUUGGCGUUUCGCUGUCGUCGAUGCGCGGCCAGGUGGUGUGGAUAACGGGCGCCUCCAGCGGCAUUGGACGCUCCCUGGCCCUGAGCCUGGCCCGCCAUGGCGUUCGCCUGGUUUUGAGUGCCCGACGGGUGGAGCAGCUGGAGGAGGUGCAGAAGGAGUGUUUGGCAGCUGCUCGCGGACUGUUGGCUACCAAGGAUGUGCUCAUUCUGCCCAUGGAUAUGCUGCAAUUGCAGCGGCACGAGUCCAAUAUCUUUGAUGUGCUCAACCACUUCGAUCGCCUGGAUGUGCUGGUGAACAAUGCGGGCAGAUCGCAGCGCGCCAGCUGGACGGACAUUGAGAUCGAGGUGGAUCGGGAGCUGUUCGAGUUGGACGUCUUUUCCGUGGUCCAUCUCACGCGUCUGGUGGUGCGCUACUUCGUCGAGCAGAACGGUGGUCGUGGCCAUGUGGCCGCCACUUCCAGCAUCGCCGGUUUCGGUCCUGUGCCCUUCUCGGCCACCUAUUGUGCGGCCAAGCAUGCCCUGAACGCCUAUCUGCUGUCCCUGAAGCUGGAGAUGCGCAAGCUGGACGUGACCAUCUUCGCCCCUGGGCCCAUUGCCACGGACUUCCUGCAGGAGGCGUUCACGGGCGAGCAGGGCGCCAAGUUGGGAAAGAGUACGGCCAAUCAGAAGCGGAUGACAGCGGAGCGCUGCGGCGAACUCUUUGCCGUCGCACUGGCCAACAAGAUGGAUCUUACCUGGUGUGGCCUCUUCCCCGUCAACCUGCUGGCCUACUGCGCCCGCAAUCCCACGCUGACCAAGAUCCUCGGCCAGUUUAUGACCGAGCAGACGCUCAACAAGAUUCGCGAGGGUAAAUUGUGAGCUGCGGCGUUGCCCAUCUCGGUGCUCAGUCAUCUUUUAUACAUGUACAGUGUUUAAUU